UCUCCCAGACACAGACCUCAAUUUUCGCAUCUCUUCCUUCCACGUCUCUUCCCACCGCCAAGUCCCCGUUCACUGGAUUUGCUCCACCACAGAGUCACCGGCCGCGUACCUCCCACCACCACCACCACGACGUUCUGUGCUCCUCUCAUCGAGAUGUCGUGGAUCGAUUGAGCUGCGAAUUAAAGAACAUUGAAGUGGUUGCUGCUCUCAGAGAUUGGGGCCACCGGUUUCAGGGUCUUGAAGUUUCUGAAACCCUUUUGGAGAAAGGUAUCAAGUUCUUUGAACCAGAGGUGGGAAGAAUUGAUUGCUUACAUUCUGUAUCUGGAAUCAAGGGAGAUUUGCCUGAAAAGGUGGAGUACGUUGGGAUGAAAAAUUUGAUUAAUGCUCUAAAACAAAGUGUUGGACUUCAAAAUGGAAAGCUACUAUUUGGAUAUGAAGGUAAUAAUUAUAGGGAAUUGACUUGGGGAGCUUUAGAUGAUGUUGUGAUGGGUGGAGUGAGUGAAAGUACAUUUCUGAUCGACCCAAAUGGCAGUGAAAAUGGUGGACCAACUGGACUUUUUAAAGGAGUUGUUUUUACUGCAUAUAACGGUGGGUUUACAAGCAUCAGAACAAAGAAUCUAUCAACUCCUGAGGAUCUCUCUGCAUAUGAUGGUAUAGAGCUGCGCCUUAAAGGUGAUGGUCGUUGUUAUAAACUAAUUCUUCGGACAAGUGGUCAUUGGGAUACUGUUGGUUACACAGCAGGCUUUGACACCGUAAAAGACCAGUGGCAGACAGUGAGUAUCACAAUGGUCCUCUCAAUUUUUCUCUGGCCAAAUCAAGAAUCACUUGCUAGGUGGUUUGAGCUGCCUCAGCCGAGCUGUCGGGCUUCACACUCACCAGAGGAACAAGAGAGCCAGACUUUUCGACUUUCAGAGAUCUGAGACAAUUAAAUUCGU